AUGGCUCGUUUAAGAGUACUGCGAGCUACCGGGAAAGCCGCAUUACUGGUGGCCGGAGGUGCGGCGGCUUCCCAACUACCUCUACGAUUCCCGACAGCUUAUGCAGAAGUUCCCUCAAAGGAUGAAAUCCCAGAGAAGAAGCCAAUAUAUUCUCCCUAUGCUCCCUCUCCUACAGCCCCGACACUACCCGCGGACUCGCCAGAAUUGAAGCCGCAUCAUACCACUCCCACCCCUACAGACCGACUGGCGGAGCAAGUUAAGGAGGCUCGCCUCUUCCUCUACAAACAGUCUCUUGCCGCCGAAGAUGGCAUCAACGAUUUGUUGACGUGGGCAUUCAAGAAAGAAACCAACGUUGCAAACACAAUCGCUUCUUUAGCCCCUGCGCCAGAAACAGGAGAACAACUACUGCCAGGAGCAAUUUAUGUUCUAGUCGCAACAAUGACUGGAUCAAUAGUGACGCGCAACCGAGGCAUCUUCCUCAGAGCCACUUUCCCAUUGGCAGUUGGCAUCACAGCAGGCUGGUUGUUGAUCCCGGUCACGAUGAGAAACACUUCCGACCUGAUAUGGGAAUAUGAGAAGAGGGUGCCGGCCGUCAGCGAGACACACCUACAGAUCAGACACUUGGUGGAAGAGACCUGGAAGCAAGCAAGGACCUAUGCGCAGGGGGCGUCUCAGUGGGCUGACGAGACGGCCAACGAGACGCGGAAAAGGGUUGAGGAUUUGGUGUCGAAAGGAAAAUAG